CACGAGGAGUCGAGGAUCAAAACAAACGCUGCUGCGAUAUGCUAUCGAUAUUGAGGGUCGGAGAAGAGAAGUAUCUGGAUCUGUUUGCUUUCUAGGGUUAUCAAAAAUCGUCUCCAUUGUUGAUCCAGAAUUGCUUCUGUAAUUCCUCCUCAUCUCUAUCUUCAAUUGGGCACUUCUUUUUCUUUUCUCAUCUUCCUUUCCAAUCCAUUGUUGGAACUUGGAACUCAACCAAUCCACAACCUCAAAAGCUUCCCUAUAGAAGCAAAUCCAUAGUCUAAAUGUGUCGAGUUCCUUGAUUGUUUAGAUUAUUGUUUUCUGUUUAGGGACGAAUAGAGGGAGAGAUGGGGAAGUCGGGAGGGAAGAAGAAGAAGGCUGGUGGUGGUGGUGGCGGUAGUGGAAACGCGGUCACGGGUGAUCUUCCUGUCUCGGCGGCAAAUGGAGUUGUUGAUUUGGAUUCCUCAAUCUUCUUGAAACGGGCCCAUGAGCUCAAGGAAGAAGGGAACAAGAGAUUCCAGGCCAAAGACUACGCUGGUGCUCUUGAACAAUACGACCAAGCUAUUCGCCUUACUCCCAAGUCCCACCCGGACCGUGCCGUCUUCCACAGCAACCGUGCUGCUUGCCUGAUGCAGAUGAAACCCAUCGAUUACGAAACCGUCAUCGCUGAGAGUUCAUUGGCUCUGCAGGUCCAGCCCCGAUUCGGACGAGCUCUCCUCCGUCGUGCCAAGGCUUUUGAGGCUCGUGGUAAGUAUGAAAUGGCGAUGCAGGACGUGCAGUCCCUAUUGGCUGAUAAGCCCAAUCACCGAGACGCUUUGGAGAUUGCCCGUCGCUUGCGGGUUGCGCUCGGGCAUCGCCAGGAAGCCCAGCAGGAUUUCCAGAGCCGCCCUUCCCCUGCUGCCCUCGGCGCUUCCGCUGUUCGCGGUGCUCCAGUUUCCGGCCUCGGCCCUUGUUUACCGGGACGGCCGGCUCCUAAAAAGGCUACAGCUUCAGGAGCGGCAGCGGGGACGACGUCAGCUGGUAACAAGGCUGAGAAGACCCAACUCCCUCUCGUCGCCGAAGAUGGUCCGGAGCUGAAAACCCAGCAGCCGAAACCUGUUUCCAAGCCUUCGAAAGUUUCUUUGGAAUCCGCUCUUCAUGCGAUUGAGGACAAUACAAAGGUUCAGUCUUUUUCUUCUUCACCAUCCUCGUUGCCUGUUAAUGGGCAGGCCUCAGUAUCAGCUGCCACCCGAUGGAGGCCAUUGAAACUCGUUUAUGAUCAUGAUAUCAGGCUUGCCCAGAUGCCCGCCAAUUGCAAUUUCAGAAUGCUGAGAGAGAUUGUUAGCAAACGGUUUCCGUCCUCCAAAUCAGUUCUGAUUAAGUACACGGACGCUGAUGGUGAUUUGGUUACUAUGACCUGUACUGGUGAACUCAGGUUAGCAGAGUCUUCUGUGGACACCAUCCUGCCGAAGGAAACUGAAACAGUGAAAACCAAUGGGUUGGGGAUGUUGAGGUUGAAUAUUGUCGAGGUUAAUCCUGAGCAGGAACCACAUUUGGUGGAAGAAGAGGAAGAGAAGCCUGUCGAGGAAGAAAUGGCCAAGGGAGAUGAAGGUGGGUGCCAUUCUUCAACUGGUGAGUCUGUGGGUGAAGUCGUAGACACAGAGAUCUCAGAUACUGAGCAAGAAGCUCAGAAGGAGAAGCCGGAAUCUGCUAAUGAUGCCGAGUGCAAAGAGGUUGAGAUUGAUGAUUGGUUAUUUGAGUUUGCUCAGUUAUUCCGGACCCACGUGGGUAUUGACCCCGAUGCUCAUGUUGACUUGCAUGAGCUUGGGAUGGAGCUCUGUUCAGAGGCUCUUGAGGAGAUAGUGACGAGCGAGGAGGCUCAAGGCCUCUUUGACAUGGCUGCUUCUAAGUUCCAAGAAGUGGCUGCUCUGGCUUUUUUCAACUGGGGAAAUGUUCACAUGUGUGCAGCAAGAAAGCGGAUACCUUUGGAUGACUCUGCAUCAAUGGAGUUGAUGUCUGCCCAGCUUCAAGCAGCUUAUGACUGGGUCCACGAAAAAUAUUCUUUGGCUGGACAGAAAUAUGAAGAAGCUCUCCGGAUCAAACCAGACUUCUAUGAAGGGUUGCUUGCAUUGGGACAACAACAUUUUGAGACUGCAAAGCUUCACUGGUCCUUUACUCUUGCAAAUAAGAUUGAUCUCUCAGGUUGGGAUUCUACGGAGACAAUCAAACUCUUUGAUAGUGCUCAAGAAAAGAUGAGGGCGGCAACUGAAAUGUGGGAGAAGCUAGAGGAACAGAGGGUUAAUGAGCUCAAAGACCCAAGUGUGAACAAGAAGGAUGAACUCUUGAAAAGAAGAAAGAAGCAAGGAUCAGGUGUUGAUGGGGGUUCCUCUGAAAAUGGGGGUCCUGGAGCAGCUGCAGAUGAAGCAGCAGAACAAGCAGCUGUCAUGAGAUCUCAGAUACAUCUCUUUUGGGGCAACAUGCUUUUUGAGCGGUCUCAGGUUGAGUUUAAACUUGGUUUUGAUGGCUGGAAGAAGAAUCUGGAUACAGCAAUUGAAAGGUUUAAGCUUGCCGGGGCUUCUGAAGCUGACAUUGCAGUGGUGCUAAAGAAUCAUUCAUCUAAUGCUGAUGGGGUUGAAGUUGAGGUGUCAAAUCCAAGUACCGAUGCCAGUACUCAAUUGGAUCAUAAGGAUGGGAUCAAGCAUGUUGUGGAAAGGUGACUUGGAAUGAGUUGUUUAACUUGCUUGAUGGUUUCAAUGGAUUGCCUACACGUUUGUUACUUGACUUUGACAUGGAUAAAGAAAGGGAUCAUCCUCAUAUACCAGUUUUCAGCUAAUUACAUUGAUGGGUUUCUGAUUUUGAUUUUUUGUCAAGAGGUAGAGAAAUUGGGUGUCAACGCAACACAGGUAAGGUCAACUGUAUGAACCAAGAAGUGAAAUCUGUGUGCUGAGAACCAGUCGGUAAUCCACGAUAACAAGUUUCCACAAGGAAGAGAGCACUGAAUCCUAUCGGACAAAGUUGGGUAGGACUUAUUUACGUACGACACUGGUAAAUGAUGUUGAAAUUCUUACUGGGAAUGCACAUUCUCAAUAAAAAUGCACCAAGAUGUUACCUUCUCGAUACAGAAGGGUCACCAAAGUGGGCAGGAACGUAGAAACCACUUGGAACAUUCAAUUCAAUGUUUAACUCCAUUUUUUUAUAUGAAAUUGCUGAUACUUCUUAUACUUUUCUUCUAAUUGGUCUUGGUGCAGAGGGUUUUAUUCUUGUACCUGUGCUUUUAUAAAGUUUUAACAGGUUCAAAACGAGCUGUGUCAGUACUUUUUAUCUUAUGUGAUUGUGUACGAUGAUACUUUUAGAUUGAGUUUUGUUGGCAACAAUAUUAUGUACAGAAACUGGGACAACAUUUUCCUUUCUUGAUACUGUAUUUCCUGAGAAGUA